AGACUCCAGAGCUGCUCCAUAUAGUGGAAAAGCGCAGAUGCAGAGCGCAGAGCUGCAAAUGAAGAUGAGCUGACAGGAUGCUGGACGACUCUGAAACUACACUAUAGCGACGCACAGGGAACUUUGUUGCGUCCUAGUAAUUUCAGGGAAAAUAUUCCGUGCACAGACUUUGGAGGUACAUGUGGAUUUGGCACAUGGCAGUGAAUGGAGAUGAACACGGCAGUCUUCAGUAAGUUUGACCAGCUGCGCUUUGAGGAAAGCGGACAAAAUGUGGAGAGAAGCAGCAGGAGUUAUUUAGAGCUGAUUGAUGGACAACGUUCAGAUUUACUCACAAGCCACAAAGUGAUGGAUGGCAACGACGCUCUCAAACACAGGAGAAAUGGUGGAGGGAAGGUGCGUCACAAGCGUCAGGCUCUUCAGGAUAUGGCUCGACCGCUGAAGCAGUGGCUCUACAAGCACCGGGACAAUCCUUAUCCCACCAAGACUGAGAAGAUACUGCUGGCUCUUGGGUCCCACAUGACCCUGGUUCAGGUGUCAAAUUGGUUUGCGAAUGCAAGGCGUAGACUCAAGAACACAGUUCGACAGCCGGACUUGAGCUGGGCUUUACGUAUAAAACUGUACAACAAAUAUGUCCAAGGCAACGCAGAGAGACUGAGCAUUAGCAGUGAUGACACAGCAUCAGAUGAUGGGGAGAACAAUUUGCAGAUGCAGGCCAGCGAGUCCGACUAUAACAGAGCCGUGCACAAGAGCGUUAUUCAGGACAGCAGAGUCAAAGUGGGCCGAAACGCAGACCCCUCGGUUUGUGAUGAUUAUGUUUCGCCACCGAAAUACAAGAACAGCUUGCUGAACCGCUAUCUGAAUGAUUCCCUUCGGCAUGUAAUGGCCUCUGAUAAAGUUAUGGACUCUCGGAAGAGGAACCAUUCGGGAUCGUUUAGCUCCAACGAGUAUGAGGAUGAUUUUCUCUCGCCCUCUUCAGAAGCUGAGGCAAACUUCACCUACCACACAGUGACGCUGGACUGCGGCACACGCCAGAGCGAGAGCGGCGCUCGUAAAGGAGGAAAUAAUGAGACCUACUGGAAAGAGCUCCACGCCGCCAUGGCCCUGACCAACCUGGCUCAAGUAAAGGAGAGCUCCGCGGCGGGUACAACCAGCUGUAUCAUCCAGAAGUCUUCCCAUAUAGCGGAGAUUAAGACUGUCAAAGUGCCCAUACAACCCCGACAUUAG